CGUUUGCGCGACAGCGGAGAAAUUAAUUAGGAGGAACGACGAGCAAUUAAAGUCCACUGCUUACAGACUCGGUCGGUCGCUCGGAGCAUGCUGCACGCGAGAGCACUCAGUACUGUUACGCUAUCGCUGCGAGACAACCUGUUUGCGCGGUUGCGUGCCCUUGUUCCGCGCGCACUUACCUACUUACUACGAGGACGAACACUCGAGGACUAUCCUCUUGGUGGCGACAUCGGCUGUGGCGGCGACGAUCACAGCAAGUGGCAGAAGGCAGCGAGUUCGGGCAGCUGAGCGCAGCAAUAAAGCGCCUGGCUCAGCGUAUCACACAGCAGGCCGCGAGCGAAGAAUGUCGGCGGCGGCCGACGAAGGUCGCGCGCGAUUAGAGCCGUAGUUGGACGUGGGCAGCAGCUGGACCGAGGGAGCGGGAGGAUGUUCGCGGCGGACAGCCGGUCGGCCGAGUAGACUAGAGCAGCCCGGGAAAGCAGCGCCUCCAAGAUGUUCAACUUCAUGAAGAAGGCCACGGAGAAGGAGGAGAAGGACAAGCGGAAGCGCGACAAGCGCGAGAAGAAGGAGGUGAAGAAGCGCGAGCGCAGCAGCAUGUCCGCCGAGGAGCUGCUCAGGCUGGACGAGAUGCGGCGCUCGCUCAAGAUCCGCGGCCGGCGCAAGGAGAAGGAGAAGCUGCCCUCGGGCAUCACCGCCGACUACAGCGCCUCGUUCUUCGCCCAGCUGGACCGCGACGUGCUCGAGGAGGUGAACGGCGCGGGCGCCGGCGCCGCCGCGUCGGUGCUCGGCCUCGGCCACGGCCAGAGCGACUCGUCCGAGGCCUCGCUCAGCUCGCUCGGCAAGAAUCUGCCGCCGCUGCCGCCCAAGCCUCCCAAGCGCGGCAUCCUCAAGGGGCCGCGGCCGGGCGUGGGCGCGCUGCUCGGCCCAGCGGACGGCGCGGCCGAGGCCGCCGCCGCGGCCGGCGGCCCCCUGCAGAACGGCGCGCUGCCCGACGGCCAGCACGACUGCAACAACCUGCUGCAGCGUAACACCCUGCAGAACGAGCUGAUCGCUUACCAGAACCUGCCGGCGCAGCGGCCCAGCCGGGAGGAGCUGCAGCUGGCCUACAGCGAGGAGGAGUGCUGCGCGGUGCGCCGCAGCCCUCAGCAACAACAGCAGCAGCAGCAGCAGCAGCAGCAGCAGCAGCAGCAGCAGCUCGGCCAGGCUGGCCAGCAGGACGGCAGGCUGCUGCACGUGGCGACCAGCGCCAGCCCCUCGGCGGACUCGCUCACCGACACCACCAACUCGUCGUUCGCCACGCCGCCGUUCAGCCUGUCACCGGUGGGCGAGUCGCAGGGCUUCGCGCGCUGGCGCAGCAGCAGCUCGUUCGAGGAGCAGGCCGCCGUGGAGCUCGCGCUGCCGGAAAUCGUGCCGCUGGAGCUGCCCGAGCCGCGCGAGCUGCUGAUCCAGCGCCAGCCGGCGCCGCGUUUCGACUUCGGCUUCUCGCUGCGCCGGGCCGUGGUGCUGGAGCGCAGCGCCCAGGCGGUCGCGCACAUGCGCUCGGUCAUCUUCGCCGAGCCCGGCGCGCUCGUGCACAACGUCAACGACACGGGCCUGCUGCCCGGCGACCGCCUCAUCGAGGUCAACGGCAUCAACGUCGACGACAAGAGCCGCGAGGAGAUCAUCGAUCUCAUCAAGAGCUCCGACGGCAGCGUCACUGUCAAGGUGCAGCCGGUGGCCGAGCUGUCGGAGCUGUCGCGGCGCAGCGGCACCGACGGCCAGAAGGUCGAGCUGGCGCAGGCCAACAUUCGUGGCGGCACUCUUAGGCGCUCCGGCAGUCUGCGCUUCCAUCAGCACCGGGUGAGUAGCGACGGGGACUCGACGCUCAGGCGACGCAGCGCCUCCGCGCUGAAGGCAAGAGAAAGGCGCGCGCGACGCAAAUCCGGCCGGGUGCUCGCCGAUUAACGGUACGUCCACGCGCGCGUAUCGGUCGCUCGUAGCGUCGCGGCUCACCGGCAGGCGCGAACAGUCGAACGUGACUCCUUUCCUCCAGCUGAUCUGGGCACUUGGCAGCCGCCGGGAGUCGCGCUCGAUUCGAUUGGUCGGUCCUCUCGAGUCAGCGCGACCCGAGCUCGCGUUCGCGAUCGACCGGCGGUCGGACUAGAGCCGCGCGAUCGAUUCGUGGCGGCGUAUCG